GUUGGGCAGCGGUGAAGGCGAAGGAACGGACGAGUCGAGUUCACAAAAUGGCGGCCAAGCUGAGGUUUGCGACCAUAUAGAACGUGUGAAAUCUGUAAUUUUUUUACAAUGUGGCGAUCUUAAGUAUCAAUUUUAGUGUAAUAUCGUAAGCGCGUGUGUUUCCGGUUUUUAUUAUUUUGAAAACUGUGCGAUUUCGUUCGCUGUGAAUGUUCGCUUAGAAUCAUUGUGCGACGCGUAGACAAGACGAUGCAGAAAACAUUAGAAUCAGAAUCUGGUAAGGAAUCUGGAUCAGAUUCUGACAAUGAAAGUAAAAGUGACAGCAGUUCCUCCGGAAGUAAAUCGUCUGGUUCCGGUUCAGGAUCUGAUAGUGAAUCUAGCUCCUCGUGUUCCGGUUCAGCGUCAGGUUCUGAAUCAGAUAAAUCUGAUAAAUCCGAAAAGUCUGAGAAAUCUGAAAAGUCUGAUGCACCUGCACAAAAUGAUAAUUAUCAGAGCAAACGAACGAAUAACAGCACUGAAACAAAACAUAGACACAAAAGCGAUUCUAGUCGUGAAUGGGACGAGAAUCCUGAUAUUUAUGGCAUCAGAAGGUCCAAUCGGUCGAGGAAAGAGCCCGACAGGCUCACGACACAACGUGAAAGCGACAGCGAUGGUCGCAAGAAAAUUAAGAAAAAAAGUUCACAUAGUACAUGGAAUUCUGAUAGUUCAGAAUCAGAGUCGGAAGUUGAACGUAAAAAACCACCACCAAGUAAAUCGAUAAAUCGGCAAGCUGCUCAAAAAGCCAAAGAGAAAGCACGAGCGCGUAAAAAACAACUUUCUGAUUCUUCAGAAUCUUCUUAUGAUAGUGAUGAUCAUAGAAGACAAGUCACAAGAAGAACGGGAGCUGCUGUUAGUUAUAAAGAGCAAAGCGAGGAAAGAACUGACAGCGAGGAUCUUGUGGAACAAGAUGAGACUGAAGUACCAGCUGAGCCCGAUAAUGCAGAAACAAUUGAACGCAUUUUGGGACAGAGAAUUGGCAAAAAAGGAGUUACAGGCAAUAUAACAACAGUUUAUGCUGUUGAAGAAAAUGGUGAUCCAAAUCCAACAAAUUUGGAAGGCGAAGAAACUGAAGUACAAUAUUUAAUAAAAUGGAAAGGAUGGUCUUAUAUUCAUAGUACAUGGGAAUCGGAUGAUUCUCUAAAAGCCCAGAAAGUAAAAGGAUUAAAAAAAUUGGAGAAUUUUGUAAAGAAAGAACGUGAAAUUAAAUAUUGGAGGGAAUAUGCGGGACCCGAAGAUAUUGAUUAUUAUGAAUGUCAACUUGAACUUCAACAAGAUUUAUUGAAAAGUUAUUAUAAUGUUGAAAGAAUAAUUGCCGAAUUUGAAAAACCUGAUUCAAUUCAUCCUGAUUAUUAUUGUAAAUGGGAAAGUUUACCAUACGCUGAUGCAACAUGGGAGGAUGGUGCACUUAUUGUUAAAAGGUGGCCGGAAAAAAUUCAAGAUUUCAGAGAUAGAGAGGAUUCACAAAAAACUCCCAGUAAACAUUGUAAAGUAUUGAAAUCAAGGCCAAAGUUUCAUCAAGUUAAAGAACAACCCGAAUAUAUGGGUAAAGGAAAAGAAUUAGUUUUGAGAGAUUAUCAAAUGAAUGGUCUCAAUUGGAUGAUUCAUUCCUGGUGUAAAGAAAACAGUGUAAUUCUUGCUGACGAAAUGGGUCUUGGAAAAACUAUACAAACAAUUUGCUUUUUAUAUUAUCUAUUUCAUACACAUCAACUUUAUGGACCAUUUUUGUUAGUUGUCCCAUUGUCAACGAUGACAUCGUGGCAACGAGAAAUGACUCAAUGGGCACCUGAAUUAAACUUUGUUACAUACCUCGGUGAUAUUACAUCUCGGAAUGUUAUCAGGGAAUACGAAUGGUGUUACAGUACAAAGAAAAUAAAGUUUAAUGCUAUUCUCACAACAUAUGAGAUAGUUCUUAAGGAUAAAAUGUUUUUAGGCGCAGUCAAUUGGGCUGUACUUUUGGUCGAUGAAGCUCAUCGCUUAAAAAAUGAUGAUUCUCUUUUGUACAAAGCACUCACUGAAUUUAAUACAAAUCAUCGUCUUUUAAUCACAGGCACACCUUUACAAAAUAGUCUCAAAGAAUUAUGGGCAUUGCUACAUUUUAUUAUGCCCAAUAAAUUUGUAUCGUGGGAGGAAUUUGAAAAAGAGCACGAUAAUGCGGCACAAAAAGGUUAUUCAAAACUUCAUAAACAACUCGAACCAUUUAUUUUACGUCGUGUUAAAAAGGAUGUUGAAAAAUCCUUACCAGCUAAGGUUGAACAAAUUUUACGAGUUGAAAUGACAUCAUUACAGAAACAAUAUUAUAAAUGGAUAUUGACAAAAAAUUAUAAUGCAUUAAGAAAAGGUAAUAGGGGUUCGACAACGACAUUUUUAAAUAUUGUCAUUGAAUUAAAAAAAUGUUGUAAUCAUGCAUUUUUGACAAAACCAAAUGACAUUGAAAAUAGAGAUGCAAAUGAGGAUUAUCUUCAACAAUUGAUACGCGGUUCGGGAAAACUUGUACUUCUUGAUAAAUUAUUGGUUCGUUUACGUGAAACCGGUCAUCGUGUAUUGAUAUUCAGUCAAAUGGUUAGACUUUUAGAUAUUCUUGGUGAAUAUUUGCAAAAAAGACAUUUUCCAUUUCAACGAUUAGAUGGAAGUAUUAAAGGUGAAUUGAGAAAACAGGCUCUUGAUCAUUUUAACGCUGAGGGUUCAACGGAUUUUUGUUUUCUUCUUUCAACGCGUGCAGGCGGUUUGGGUAUUAAUUUAGCAACUGCCGAUACGGUUAUUAUUUUUGAUUCCGAUUGGAAUCCACAAAAUGAUUUACAAGCACAAGCGAGAGCACAUCGUAUUGGUCAAAAGAAUCAAGUGAAUAUUUAUAGAUUGGUAACGAAAAAUUCAGUUGAGGAAGAAAUUGUUGAACGAGCGAAACAAAAAAUGGUUCUCGAUCAUCUUGUCAUUCAACGGAUGGAUACAACGGGACGAACUGUUUUGGAUAAAAAGAGCGGUGGUUCGAAUAAUAAUCCAUUUAAUAAAGAGGAUCUUAGUGCAAUUUUAAAGUUUGGCGCUGAAGAAUUGUUUAAGGAUGAAGAGGAUGGUGAUGAGGAGCCAACGUGUGACAUUGAUGAAAUAUUGCGAAGAGCCGAGACAAGGGAUGAGGCACCAACGACAGUUGGUGAUGAAUUGUUGUCGGCAUUUAAAGUUGCAAGUUUUGCUGCUUUUGAAGAAGAAACAGAACCGGUGACACAAGUGAAUGAGAAUGAGGACGAUAGUAAAGAUUGGGCGGAAAUUAUUCCUGAGAAUUUUCGAAUGAAAGUUGAAGAGGAGGAAAAAUCGAAGGAAAUGGAGGAUCUUUAUUUACCGCCAAGAAGUCGUAAGACAUUGCAACAAAUUAAUCAAGGCGAAGGUAGAGGACGUAAGAGAAAAAAGCCAGAUGAUGAUGAGGAGAGUGAUGAGGGCGAUGAUUCAGGUAGUGAGGGUGAUGGAAGUGAUGAUGAUAGACCGAAGAAAAGAGGUAGACCACGAGUGACACCACGUGAGAAUAUCAAGAGUUUCACCGAUGUGGAAAUUAGAAGAUUUAUCAAAAGUUAUAAAAAAUUCCCAGCACCAUUGAAAAGGUUAGAUGAUAUUGCAGCUGACGCUGAAUUGCAAGAGAAACCACUUCCUGAAUUACGAUUUUUGUCUGAACAAUUGCGUUCAAGGAGUGAAACAUGUUUAUCGGAAUAUGAAAGUAGUGUACCGACGAAGGAAAAUAAAACAGGUGGUGGUGGUGGUGAUGAUGAUAAAGGAGCUGCUCGUAAACGUGGAAGAAGACCCACUUUUAAGAUGGGCGGUGUUAUGGUUAAUGCAAAAUCAUUAUCGGCAGCUGUUAAAGAACUUGAACCACUUGAUCAAGCACUACCAUCUGAUGCUGAGCAUCGUGCAAAUUGGCAUUUAGAUGUCAAAGUAAAACCAGCAAAUUUCGAUUGUGAAUGGACAACGGAAGAUGAUUCAAGAUUAUUGCGUGGUAUUUAUCAACAUGGAAUGGGAUCUUGGGAGGCAAUUAAAGCUGAUCCAAGUUUAAAAUUAAAUGAAAAAUUACAAGGAAAUGGCAGCAAUAAAUUACAAUGGAAAAGAAUUAGUACACGAGGGGAAUAUCUUUUAAAAGUUUUAAAGAAACAAAUGGAACUUAAAUUAGGAGUGACGAGAACAAGAAAACCGAGAAAAACUAAAGAUGUUACAAAAGCAAUAACAAAGGAAAUUGUUGAAGAAAAUGACAGUUCCGGGGAUGAAAAUAAAAAACCAAAACCAAAGAUUGAAAAGGUUUUACAAAAGAAAGACGAUGAAGUAGUGGUGAAAAAAGAAAGUAAAGAAGAAUCCGAAACAGUCGCUGACGAAAAGAAGAAGGAGAAGAAAGUUAAAAAAGAGAAAAAAGAAAGUAAGAAGAAUAAAAAGAAUAAACAACCUGUAGGGCCAAUGCAUUUUACAGCAAAUAAUGAACCAAGAGCACUUGAUGUUUUGGGAGAUUUGGAUCCAUCUAUCUUUAAUGAGUGUAAGGAGAAAAUGCGACCCGUUAAGAAAGCAUUGAAAGCACUAGACAAGCCUGAUCAAUCAUUAAGUGAAUCAGAUCAAUUGGCUCACACGAGAAAUUGUCUUGUACAAAUUGGCAAUCAAAUAAAUACCUGUCUUCAGGAAUAUAAAGAUCCUGAACAGGUGAAAGAAUGGAGGAGUAAUCUUUGGUAUUUUGUUUCUAAAUUCACCGAGUUCGAUGCUAAGAAACUUUAUAAACUUUACAAACAUGCAAUUAAAAAAGGAGAUGGAAGUACAAGUAUGACUUCAACUCCUGAGAAAAAGGAUGAAGCAACCCCUACGAAGAAAUCGGAAGAGAAAGCUGAGAAGCACUCAACGAAAAGUCCAGCGGAUAAUGCAAAAGAUUCUCGUCCAGUUAAAAGAAGAAUUGAGGAAGCCGAGGAGAAUACAAAUACUUUUCCAGUUAAGAAACAUUUAAUUACAAACACAUCAUUGAGCAGUAUCAGUAGUACUUCGUCGGUAACAAUUGGUGGUAUAACAAUAACGCCCGUUACAUCGACGUCAAAUUCAACGCCAAGUACAACAAACAGUAUUGGAGAAAUGACAAGGCAUAAGGAAUUAAAAGAACCAAUGAAGCACAAAGAAAUGAAGAGGGAUCGUGACAGAGAUCGAGAUCGUGAUAGAGAUCGAGGUCACAAUGAUUCUAGAAAUAUGGAUCGUUUAAGUUCAGGAAAGGACGAAAGAAUUAGAAGAGAUAGUGGUGGUUAUGGAAUGGGUGGUCACUACAGUGGAAGUCGAGAAGACGAACAUUGGAUGCCAAGAGAUGGACGAGAUCAUCGAGAUAAUAGGUUUGGAGAUCAUAAACGAGAAAGAUUCGAUAAUUACGGACGCAUGGGAGGUGGAUAUCAUCGUGAUAGAGAUCGAGAUCGUGAUCGAAUGCACAUGAAUGACAAGAGAAACGAUUACUAUCGAUAUCAAUCGGGACCACCUCCUUAUGUUGGAUAUGGUGGAUCAGGUGGUUAUGGUGGCGGAGGCGGUGGAGGUGGUGGUGGUGGUUAUCCACCUCCUGAUAUGCAACAAAAUCAUUUUAGAGGCGGUAGAAAUUACCCCAACGAUGGUUACCAGGGUGAUUGGAGGCCAAACAGAAGAGACUACGAUCGAAGGCCACCACCGCCGAAUGCCAAUUCCUAGUGCACUAUUCUUGUCACCGUCCCUCAAUAAUAUGAUCAAGCGGUUAUGAAUUUAUUAAUCAUAUUGUCAAGUCUUAAAAAAAAAUCAUGCCCAGUUUAAUUCAAAUUGCACCAUCGCCUGCUGUUUAAAAAAAAAAGUGCGUUAUUAUAAUCAGACAGAAAUUGAUUGGAAAAUGAAUUUCAAUCAAUUUAACGAUAGGUGCAUUGGACAAUCUAACAGAAAAAAAAAGAACAACGUAUCAGCAGUAUAUUCAUCUUUUUUAGUAGAAAUUAGAAUCAUCUUUUAGGUCCAAUUGUGUUGAUAUUUACAAUUAUUUUCGAUAAAAAAAUAAAAAAAAAAUGACAUUUUACGAGAUUGUUAUUGACUUGGAUAAAAUAAUUGCUUUUAAUUAGUGAAAAUAAUAAAAGUGCAUACAGUUCACAUUGCAUUUUCAGUAUGCACUUGUAAUAAUUUAUAUGUGAUAUAUAUAUAUUUUUUUUCUUUUUCAUUUUGUAAAACUGUUGACACAUGUUAGUAAAUGUCCUAUCGAUUGACUUAUUUAUUUCAACUUGACUUAAAAGAAAUGAAAACCUGUUUAAACUCCAAUUUCACGUGCGAUUAACGAUUUUUUUUUAUUAAUCGAAUGAAACAUCCAUUAGUUUAGAUUAUUUGUAAAUAGAUUAUUCAUAACUGAGAUCAAAGAGAUAAAUAAUUUUUUUGUACUCUUUGUUUUUAUAAGAUUACAGAGAAACUUAAAUUGCGGAGGUUUUUUUUUUUUUUUCUUUUUUUUUUUAAUUGUGAUUUUCUCGACAAUGUACUUCUUCUUUUGGACAAUUGAAUCUGCUCACAAAUAUUCUACGAUUUUGAAAGUGAAGCUUUUACGUUUAAAAAAAAUAUAUAUAAUAUUAAUUAAACGCACUCGAAUUACUUUUUUUUAUUAUUAAAAAGAAAGUGAGUGUGUUUUAUUAAGAAAGAAGAUAAAUAUGUUUUAUACUCGUACACGGCUUUUUGAAACUUCAUCACACGGCGUAUUUUUUCUGUAUAAAAAAAAGCUAUUAAAUAUCUACUUUAUAUUUAUCAAAAAGGAGAGAAAGAGAGAGAACGAACGAAUGAAUGUGUACUAUCUUGGUAUUGUAAAAAAAAAAAAAAGAAAAUAAUUUAUGUCAGUAUCAUUAUAUUUUUCUUCUUCUUUGUCAAUGUAAAACGACGUAAAUACUUUGUUUAUUAGAUAUUUUUUUUUUUUAUCUGAAGAAAAUUACUAUUUUGUAGAUUAUUUUUAAUACACAGAAAUUAUAAUUAAUUUUUUCUCAUUGAUCGUGAAAUUUGCUAAAAAAAAAAAAAAAAAACUUUUGAGGGUGCAUGCAUUGAUGUAAAUAAUGGUUUAUGCAUUGAAUACGUGCAAAUUUAUCGGAAUCAUGAAAAUUUACAAAUAAUGAUACAUAAAAAAGAAUAUAAGAAUGCAUACUGCGAAAAUAGUCGCUGAGAGCGAAUAUGGGAAAAUUAUGCGAAAUUGUCAAAUUGAGUGGCUAAAUUUAGACACGAAUGUUGAAAUGGGAAAUGAUUGCCUGAAUAUAGUGAACUGUUUAUAAUUUAUUACCGCUAGCGGAUUAGAAAUCAAUAAAAAAAAACAAAAAAAAAAAACUACUGAAGUGAAAAAAUACUGUAUAUAAGCGAAUAAAAGAUUGAUUAUUAAUAACAUCAGAAUAA